AUGAAAAAACAUAAACAAAUCCAAAUCCCUUCCAUUUAUGAUUGCACUAUAUCAAUAAUCGACAAAGAAUUAAACAUCAUAGUAUUACAUCUUGAAAGAAAUAAAUAUUUGAGGUGGAAGUUACCUAACAUCGCACAUUUAAUUCAAAAGAAUCUUAAAAUCGACAAUUCGUUUGAUAUGUUUAAAUUGGAUUGCGCUUCUGAAAUUCGUAAAGCGCAUGAAUUUAUUCCAAAGGAAACUGAAGUAGAAAUUCGUAAAACAAUCACUGAUAUUUGGAAAAGUGCUGAAGAAGGAGUAAAAAUCGAAUAUCAUAAACUUAAUAUGGAAUAUAAAAAAGCUUACAAGCAACGCAAAGCAGUAGAAAUCCGUGAGGCAACUGAUUUUAUUUGGAAUAGAUAUACAACAGCUUUAUUAUUAGAAAUCCUUGAAG